GUCACGUGUUAGCGCGUUUCUAUGCGUUCCAAUCUGGACACCGAUGCGCCUCCGCGACAAUACACUGCUUCACCAUGGAGACCUCCGAACAGCUCGACGAGGACAUUAGCCAUCUUCAUACCCGACUAGCGACACUACAUGCCCACCGUGCGAACCUAUCCUCCGUCCUACUGUCGCAACCCCACCUCGCAGCGCGCCUUCAAAGCACCAACACAGAUAACAAACCCGCGAAUGACGCCAAUGAUGUCAUCACAAGGCAGUCGAAACGCAACCUCGAAAACGUCUACCGCGCCUGCGCCGGCGUGACUGCAUACAAAGUCAAAGAUCCCGACCCGCAUGCGCUGAAUGACGGCAACAUCCUUGGAGUCAGUAUAGACGUAGCACUGCGAGGCAGAUUCGUCGAGACGUACCAUGUCUUACUGAGCGUCAAACAAAAACAUGAGAGGAGAAUUAUGAAGAUACACAAGCACACCAUCCCGCCGUGUAUACCUCUGCAGCACCUGUCGGACAAGUGGCUACCUGCGAGCGGCAAAGACGAAGAGAACGAUCCGGAGCAAGACCUCGUGCGAUUCGGAAGACUACUGAGGAAGGAACUCGUGAGCUGGCAUCUGCGCGUCAACGCGGUGGAAGAACUACGGAAGGAUGCUGGUCUGGCACAAUCGAAAGAGGAUAGUGAAAACGACAGCUUCGCAUCCACUGGAAAGAUUCUGAACGCUUUUGUGAGCGACGACGAGGCCAGCUCAGACAUCGAGCAAGGCGAUGCCGAUUUCGGGAGCGCACGCAUCUUGGACAUUGAAGUCGAUGCUGCGAUCAGGCAGGUUACCGUUGUCUGGUCCGACAGACGGACAGCAGUCAUGACCAUUACCAAAGACGGCAGGGUCGAGAGAGCCGUGUGUAGAACAAGAGAUGGGGUUCGAGAUGCCGUCUUGAGCAGAAAGGCCGUGGGGCCUCUAACUGGCUUGGUCCGGAGACUGCGGGCAUGAAUGAGAGAGGUUCUCACCAGACAUUAUGGGUCUCUACGAAGGUCUAGUGGUCUCGGAUAUGCUGAGCGUGGCGUUUUAUGAUUGUUAUGAUACCCUUUGAUAGCAGGUCGUUCAUCGUCAUCGUCUGCAUCAACCCUUUCCCUCCUUGAGAAUGACAUACGUGCGCGUGUUUACUUCUGAACGCGCAACCUGAUGCCAUCGUUAUCACUAUGCUCUGAGUCCAUGGCGAUGAUGCGGGCGAAUGGUGGGCGUUUCGUUGACCUGAUACUGUCGAGCUGUAAUCUUGAAGUGGUGUGGAGAUGCUACAGUGCAGUGGAAGGCUGAACGUGCACUAGCCACGCCACUUUAACGACUGGUGACACGAGCCAUCCUUCCUCCUUUAGAACGAAC